AUGAAGAAGAUGCAGAACACUCCAACACACAUAACCUUCGACACACAAGUAAAUAAAUCCAUAAGUAGAACAAUCCUGAAUCCCAGUGUGUAUGUGCAGCCUGUUGUUAGUGCACACUGUGAUACCAACGGUCAGUAUGUGUUAAAUGAGUCCUGGAGGAGAAGGGGCCUCGUUCAGAGCAGGGCAGAGACUCUGUCAGACUGCAUCUCCAGUAUGUGUGGAGCUCCUUGUAUUCCCUCCACACUGGAAUGUGCCUCUUCCUACUGUAGGUUACCUGUGAUCCCAUCAGUCAGUGCAGCGUCUGACCAGUCUGACCCUGUCACUCACACUGAAGCCAGACACACCCUGUACGCCGCUGUACGAGUCAAUGAGCUCCAGGAACCGGGACGAUACUUCGACAUGGUCACAGAGAAGAUAAACAUGAACCCUCCUGAUGCAGCUUCAACUCACAGAUGGGUUGAAGCUGAAGUUAAGACAGAGCUGACCUAUGUUGUUAUUCCUGAUUAUCUUUCUCCAGUCGAGAAAGUGGAUUUACUGCAUCAUUUCUCUCAGAUGGCGGCAAGUUUCACCAACGUGACUCUGUCAGAGGACGGCCAGAUGUGUCCGACUCUACAUAUCAGCAUGUAUGGCCUUCUGAUGAUGCCCACACAACAGGCAUUUGGACCAAGGUUUUGUGAUGAGUUCAGUGUCCUUAUGGAGCUCCGGAGUUCUCAGCAGGAGGAGAGCAGUGUGGUGACUCUGUUAAACUCCCAGCAUCACAUCCACCUCCAGCUUCGCCUCAGCCCACGCUCCCUCACCUUCAUCUCCACCCAACACCGAGAAUAUGAGUUUCCAGUCCGGUCUCUGUAUGAUGGUCAGUGGCACCGGGUGGCUCUGGGGGUCUCUCCUCUUUGGUUGGAGGUCUAUGUGGACUGUUCUCUGGUGGAGCGAGUGAACUGGGCCUAUCCUUGGCAGGGCAUCUCCACAGAUGGCCUGCUGAUCCUUGGCGGCAGCUUGGAGGGAUUUGAGACACCCUUUGGAGGCGCUCUGAGACAAAUGACCUUUGUGAUGGGGGAUCCAGACGCUGCUAGAGACCACUGUACUCUGCACCGGCCAACCUGCGGCCCACCGACCUCCAACACACACCAGAUCGUGCAUGCAGACGCCUGGCCUCGUGACAGUGUGAACGCCUCUGCGGACGAGGACCCCUUGCAUGUGGAUCGACUGGUUGAAAGAAGCUCAGCAGACACUACACACCAAGAGGCUGCAGACCAAAGACAUGGCCUCACUCUUGUUGACAAACCUCACAUCAGCCCUGAAUCCAAUCCAAUCAUCCAGAAGUUAGAUGAAAACGUCCCACAUGAAGCUGAAGACACAGCCUUAUACAACAUUGUUGACUUCACCUCUCAUGAUUCCCCGACACAGAUACCUCAGGUGAAGUCCGACAACAUGAGUGUACUAUUGGAUGAGAACAUGGUGUCACUGGUGGCGUCAGAGGUUCACAUGUUGACGGACAGCCAUCACCAGCAGAAAACCUCAGUGUUGGUACCGGCAGAUGGAACAGGGACCAUCGUCUAUGGGUUGGACCAGAAAGCCUACAGAGUCCACAAAGGCCCUCCUGGUCUGAUGGGACUACAAGGGAAAAGAGGAUGUGCUGGGAAGCAAGGAUAUAUGGGAUUUAAAGGCGACAAGGGUUCUCAUGGAAUCCCAGGUCUGGAUGGGAUAAGAGGAGAUCCAGGGCCUCCAGGGCCUCCGGGUCUUCCCACUCUGUACCUGUGGAGGAACACUGAGGACGACUGGGCUUCUUUCGGUAGAUCAGCCUUCUAUCAGAUGCUCAGAGCUGGAUGGCCGGUAAAGCCUGGCCCACCUGGACCAAUCGGUGAAAUGGGGAAACCAGGACCUCCGGGUAUUCCAGGAGACCCAGGGAGCAGAGGGCUUCCAGGACACAGAGGAGAUGUGGGUUACCCUGGGCCGAAGGGGGCCCCCGGUCAGGCAGGGAGGUGGGGUCGAAACGGGAGUCCAGGACUGGCAGGAAGUCGGGGGCCACCGGGACCACCUGGACUCAAGGGUCCGAGAGGUUUUAAAGGCGACUCAGCUCCUGUGGGGGAGAAAGGGGACGAGGGUUUCACUGGUGAGCCUGGGCCCAGUGGAGACAGAGGGAGAGCUGGGGAAAAGGGAGCUAAAGGGGAACCAGGAGAAAGUGGACCUGUCGGCCUUCCUGGUCUUUUAGGUGUAAAAGGUGUUCAGGGACUUCCUGGUCCAGCAGGUCCACAGGGGGAGUCUGGACCAGAUGGGGUGAAGGGUCCGACAGGACCAGUGGGUGCUCCUGGAGCCACGGGUGGGAUCGGACCAUGUGGAUUUAAUGGGUCUGAGGGGGAUCCGGGUCCAUCUGGUCCACGAGGUCGUAAAGGCCCCACCGGACCCUUAGGAUUAACAGGAGAGAUGGGUUCACCUGGACCUCGUGGGCCUCAGGGACAACUAGGCGAUGACGGCCCUCCUGGUCCAAAAGGGGAAGUGGGUCAAGUAGGGCCAAUGGGAGCCAAAGGAUUACCAGGCAUCGAAGGGCCCAUGGGAAUGGUUUUCGAGGACUGGACGGUGAUAAAGGAGAGACUGGACCCAAAGGAGACAGAGGGCCCUCAGGUGCUGCAGGGAUCCAGGGUCAUCAAGGAGAGAGGGGGGAGCGUGGCACGCCAGGUCUCCCUGGGGUCAGAGGUCGCCCUGGGCCUCAAGGAAAAGAGGGUGAAGAGGGGGAGUCCGGCCUGCAGGGACAGGUCGGGAAACAGGGGUCAAAGGGUAACAGGGGUAUCCAGGGACAAAGUGGGAGGAUUGGACCCAAAGGAUCACGGGGUCGUACUGGACUCACUGGUCUGUUUGGUCUCCAUGGCACACCGGGCUUUAGAGGCCGAGUUGGGAUUGAGGGACCAGAAGGAAAGCCUGGGCGGUCCUGGUCCUACUGGACUUCUUGGCCCCAAAGGAGACAGAGGGUUUCCUGGUUCUGCCGGUGAUCCAGGGAAGGCAGGUCCUCCAGGGGCUCCGGGUCCAUCAGGAAGUCCAGGUCAGGACGGGAUCCCUGGACCAGCAGGAGCGAGGGGCUUCACAGGGAAACCAGGGCUGACGGGUCCCCAGGGGCCAGUGGGCAUGUAUGGUUACUCGGGUGCGGUGGGUCUGAUUGGGAGACCAGGUCACAUGGGACAAAGAGGAGAUGCCGGUGUCAGAGGUUCACCAGGAAUCCAGGGAAAAACCGGACCUCGUGGUUUGCAGGGACCUGUAGGUGAGAGAGGACCCCCGGGACCACAGGGCCGUCAAGGAGAGUUGGGGCCCAAAGGUGUUCGGGGUCCUUCAGGCCCCCGGGGUAAGCCAGGGCCUCAGGGUGGUGUAGGUAGAUCUGGUCCUCCUGGGAGCCCGGGGCCUCCUGGACCACAGGGAUCAGCCGGACCCAGAGGGUUUCCAGGAACACCAGGGACCAGUGGACUGACGGGACAGACUGGAGACAAAGGACAGAGGGGACCUGUGGGUCCUGCUGGUGAUUUUGGUUCUCCAGGACUGCACGGAGAGCAGGGUUCUCCGGGUCCAUCUGGUGAAGACGGGGUUCCUGGAUCCAAAGGAGACCAGGGAGCUCCAGGCCUCAGGGGACAACAAGGGCCCAAAGGAGCCAAAGGAGAACCAGGACCUCAGGGCUCCCAGGGGCUGCAGGGUGAGCCUGGGCAGAGGGGCAAAGAGGGAGACAUGGGUCCACCCGGUGGUUCUGGAGAUUCAGGAGCUAAAGGAGCAAAGGGGAAUGUGGGAAAUCGUGGCUCACGGGGAUCAGAGGGUCCGACAGGGGCACCAGGAAAACAGGGGUCAAGAGGGUCUAAAGGAGAGAAGGGUGACGCAGGUGCAAUGGGUCAACGAGGUCUGCUGGGGAAGGUCGGACCAUUUGGAUUAUUAGGACUACAGGGUUUUUCUGGACUUUCUGGAACCCAAGGGCCUGAUGGGCCACCAGGACAGAAGGGAGACAAAGGACCAGCUGGUUCAGCCGGUGACCCAGGAGCUCCAGGUCCUCAGGGGGUGGCAGGACGCCGAGGGGUGAAAGGAGACAGGGGGAAACCUGGAUCAAGGGGCUCAGCAGGGAUCACUGGAAGACCAGGUAAUCCAGGUCCAAAGGGGUUUUCAGGAUCCCAGGGCCUGAGAGGAGACACUGGAAAGAAAGGGGAGGAAGGAGAGGCGGGAUCUGAUGCAUUUCCAGCAGAUCAAGGACCUAAAGGAGAACCAGGACCAGAGGGUAUAAGCGGUGAACCAGGACUUCCAGGUCCUGAAGGUCCACGGGGUCCAGUGGGCCCUAAAGGAAGACCUGGACCAGAGGGAAGGACGGGACAAAAGGGUCAAAAGGGCGAUGACGGAAAGCGUGGACGACCAGGGAAGGACGGUCACGUAGGGAGGAGGGGGAAACGAGGAAAAUCUGGCAGUAGAGGUAUAAGAGGAAAGCGAGGUGAAAAGGGGAAGGUUGGAGAUGUGGGUCCGUUCGGUCCACUGGGGAGGCAUGGAAUAUAUGGAGAAACCGGCAAACAUGGACAAAAAGGGGAAAAGGGUCGAACAGGUGUUAAGGGGGAGCCAGGAGCAAUAGGACCACCAGGGCCUUUUGGUGGCAAUGGGCCAAAGGGAAUCCGGGGACCUGUUGGAAAAUCAGGGCGAGCUGGUCAGAAAGGAGAACAGGGAGAUAUCGGCCCUCCGGGUAAACGGGGUUCUCCAGGUCUGCCGGGGUUACCUGGUUUGUUUGGACAGAAGGGUCUUAAAGGAUUUUCUGGAGCUGCAGGUCCACGUGGACAGAAAGGCUUACGUGGUCCACCUGGACCACCUGGACCUCCAGGAACCCACCUGAAGCUCACACUGACUCAGAUGAAGGAGGCUGUGUACAUGUCAGACAAGCCCAACUAUGUCCUGGUCCAGACUCUGCUGGACUCCCUUCAGAGGGACCUCCACUGGUUCAUCAACCCCCCAGACGGCAGUAAAGCCCACCCGGCCACCACCUGCCUGGAGCUGUGGUUGGCCCAGCCCAACUCCACCAACGGGCUGUAUUACAUUGAUCCAAACCAAGGCAGCCCGGCUGAUGCUUUUCAGGUUUACUGUGACUUCACAGCAGAACCCAAGACGUGUCUGCAUCCACUCCAAACUCAGGUUCCAGUUAAAGCCUGGCUGAAGGAUUCUGGCUCCAGUUUGUCCUUUCACUGGUUGAGCUCAGGUGAAGGUGGUUUCCAGUUCCAGUAUCCAGGAUCAGAUGUGGUGCAGAUGAGGUUCCUCAGACUGAACAGCAGAUUAUCCACCCAGACCGUCCACUACUCCUGUCGAUCAGGAAGCAGACAGGCCGGAAAACAGAGGGAAGUCAAGUUCUUGGCCGACACUCGGAAGGAGAGUUACCUGGCGGCGCUGCAGGACUGUGUGCCCUCAGGACAGCUGGACUCCGCCCCCCAGGAGUCGGUUUUCCAGUUCGAGAGCGAAGACCUUGAACUGCUGCCUCUCAGGGACGUCGCAGUGUUUGGCAACAAGGAAGAACAAACCCAGGACUUUGGCUUCACGAUAGGACCGGCGUGUUUCAGCUAACCCCCGUCCGCUUGUAUCUGUGUGGGCGUCUGCAGCGACACACCCACCACAGCGUUUUAGGCACUUUGGUACUGUCCUCAAAGCAUCGUCAGUUCUCAGUUCACGUCCCUUUUCGAGCUCAGCGGUGUGUUUUUGCGUCUCCUUGACCAAUAAAAUCCACCCAAAGUUUGGGCCAAAGACUGAACGUGGGCAGAGGAUCCUCCAGGACUGAGGCGUUCCUCUGUGAAACCCACCAGGGAUGUUUUAGACCGGAUCUUGACUUUGUACAUUUCAUGUGUUUUUAUUUGUGUUUUUGAACUCUGCUUAUUUAUGUAACUGCUGGACCUUCAUUUACUCCUUAUGGUUUUAAUUCAGGUACAUUUUUUGACUUGAUUAUUGUAUUUAAGUGGCAGCAAAUAACCCCUAACCCCCUACCCUCAAAGUUCAGCCAUGUGCAGUUGGUCAAUGUGUCGAAGUCUCCUGAAGAUUGUUUUAAUUCACAAAAAAUAGGAAAAAUGUCCGUGUAUCUCACCGACAUGUUCUAUAACACCCAGAUGAAUAUGUGAGGUUGUCAGGGUCUGUUCCUGUGGUCUGGAUGCAGGAGAUCAACCUUCCAGUAGAAGUGGGUGGUACUUUCACUGGAGGAGAACUCAACUAGUUUAGUCAAAGUCCAUAUAUGACUUCUAUCAGUGAUCAAUAGGAACUAUAUUGAUAUUUCUAACCAUUUCCAUGUUAUAAACCAUCAAAAUAUAGACCAUUUUCUGGGUUAAACAACCAAAUGUUCAGAUAUUACAGACUGGUAUAACAUGAGGAAAGAGAUGAUCCCUGUUGUCAGUGAGCAUCAGUAUGACUCCGACUGGAAAGAAGAAUCAAGCAAAAAGUUUAUCACCUUAAAUGUCUGAGACAUUUGUUCAAACCACAGUAAUGACAUUAACAAACAAGUGGUUCCAGGCACAGCAAACCCCGCCCCUCACACAUAUUGUAGCUUAUUUUAGCAUU